AUGAUGGUAUCGGACAAAUGUGAGGGUAAUAUUAUAAGAUGUCUUACUUGUGGAGUAAGCGGCGGGAGUCACGUAGCUCGUAGCGAUGUGAAGUACCAGGCGUUCAUGCAGACAGGAGUUAAGCGUGGCGCCGUAUUGUACCGAUCAGGUAAACCAAAAGAGAAUAAAACCAAAGAGAUUAAAACAAUUAGUAGCUACAGUGAAACAGAUAUCAGCCUAAGAGAAAGUUCUGCUUCACCUUUCGACGUGUUUGAAGAAAACGAAGAAGAAGAUGCUCAUGAAGAGCCUGUUGACCCUGAAAAUGUCAAGGAUGGUGCUUAUGUGCUUAUGACCCAAGUAUACGACCGGGAUGUGGAAGCCAUCAAACAAUGGCUGGCAAAGGAGCAGUAUUUGCCUAAAACCUUCGAUGAUGAGAUGAUUAAAAAGUUUCUGUUCAGUUGCUACAGCAGUUUAGAAAUGACCAAGAAAUGCAUUAAUGAAUUUUGUACCAGACGAGCAAAUAUGCCUGAAAUAUUUACUAAAAGAGACCCGAUGUCAAAGGAAAUUCAAAAAUACUAUUCAAUAACAGCGGUGACAAAAUAUACGGAUGGAAAGAACGAAAUACUGAUUUAUCUGUUGAAGGAUGUUCCGGACGAUUUUGAUCACUAUCAGUGCUCGAAAACCUUGACAACUCAGAUCGACAAUUGGCUCAAGUAUAAGUACGAUGUUCUACCAGAACACCAUAUCGUCGUAUUGGACAUGCAACAUUACACACUCAAGCUUAUGACAAAAAUUAAGAUGUUGCAUUUGAAAAUGCUUAUUGGCUAUUUAUUGGAGGGUGUGCCUAUACGAUUGAAACAAGUCCACUUUAUCAACUGCCCACCAUUUUAUGAAUACAUAUACAACCUAGUGAAGCCAGCAUUUCCAGAAUACCUUUGCAAUUUGAUGCAUUUCCACAUCGACUACACAGGUUUAUACAAGUUUGUAAAUCAGGCGUCACUGCCUAAAGAUUACGGUGGAGACGGCCAGAGUAUGGAUGAACAAAAUGCAUUUUGGAUAAAAAAUAUUAUUGAACAGAGGGAAUUCUACCUAGAUGACAACCUUUGGAAAGCUGACCUCAGCCAGAUAGUAAGGAAAGGCAACUCGGAUACCUCUAUGAGCGGGUCCUUUAAAACGUUAGAAUUUGAUUGA